GUCAACGUGGGUGGGUGCACAUUCUGUGGAGGUUUUGCUAGCGAAACGAAAGUCAAAACUGUUGGAUCCAUAAGCAUUUUGUGAAAGUCUUUGUCAGGUUAUUUUUAUGGUUAUUGUCAUUUCAAAUGCCACGACUAAAGGAUAUUGUAAUGUUUACUCUGCCCUGAGCAGAGACUAUGUUGAGAUUGCCUGGGUUUUUCAAUGUUGUACGCAGGACUCUCUGUAACGCCGCAGAAGAGAUGGGCAAGAAGGGAACAUUUUUCUACGCUGUGAGGAAAGGAUUUAAACCAGGAGUGUACCAAACAUGGGAGGAAUGUAAACAUCAGGUGGAUAAGUUUCCCUCCGCAAGUUAUAAGAAGUUUGGCUCUGAAAAGGAUGCUUGGGCCUUUGUGAGGAGCCAAUCUGCAGCACCAUCUUUUGGGAGACCAACUGGAUGUGACUAUGAGGUCCUGCCUCCCAGAAACGUGCCUGAUUCCUCAAUGGCUGUACCCCUUGGAAGUAAAAGAACCCAUGAGGACUCUGAAGAUGAGGGACCUUCCUGUCCGAAACGAGUGAAACUCAUUGAGGUCCCACUGUCAAAGACAGCUGCAGCCAGUAGUGAUGGAUUUACCUAUAUGGGUGAUUCUGUAGUGGUGUACACUGAUGGAUGUUGCUCCGCCAAUGGAAGACGAGGAGCGCGUGCAGGAAUUGGUGUAUAUUGGGGUCGUGAUCAUCCACUUAAUGUGGCUGAGAGGCUUUCAGGGAGGCAGACCAACCAAAGAGCAGAAUUACAGGCUGCAUGCAAGGCACUCGAGCAGGCCAGAGAAAUGAAUUUUAAAAAGAUUGUACUAUACACGGACAGCAAGUUCACCAUAAAUGGCAUCACAAGUUGGGUAAAGACCUGGAAGUCUAAUGGCUGGAGGCUUAAAAGUGGUGGGGUCAUAAUCAACAAGGAAGACUUCCAAAAGCUGGAUAAACUAAAUGCAGACCUUGAGGUCGUAUGGAUGCAUGUACCAGGUCAUGCUGGGUACACAGGCAAUGAGGAGGCAGACAGACUGUCCAGGGUGGGAGCAGCAAAGCCCCCAUGUUAGCACACUGUUGUCACAUUCAUUUUAUAAUGAUGCAUUGUUUUAGGUGCCUAGGCUGUGUGGCUCUAGUUUGUUUAUGCUUGAUGGCUAAUGCACUUUUUCUUAUUUUGAUCUUGUUUUGCUAGUGUUGUGAUGUUGCAAACAACACUUGAAACAAGUUUUUUUAUUUUCUGAAGAGUGAUGUCUAUCUAAAAUGUUUGUUUUUGAUUGUUCUGUCAAUUAAAUUGUCAUGUUCCUGA